AUGCUCGUGUACCGGAAUGCACAGGCGUGGAAGGAUAUCUUCGGCCACCGUAAGUCAGGUGAUGGGUCUUUUCUCAAAGACCAAAACUUCUACCCACCCACGCCAAGCGGUCCUAUGCUAUUAGCAGCCGACGAUGCCAACCAUUCAAGACAGAGGCGUCUCUUAGCCCAUGCUUUCUCCGAUCGCGCCUUAAGAGAGCAGGAGCCUAUUUUGCAAUCCUAUGUGGACUUACUCGUCCAACAGCUCAAUGAUUCUGUCGCGUCUAACGAGACAGUGGACUUGACAAAAUGGUUCAAUUACAUCACUUUCGAUAUCAUUGGUGACCUGGCCUUUGGUGAGCCCUUUGGCUGCCUGAAGAACAAAGGCUACCACUCGUGGGUGACAAGCGUCUUCCAAAAUGUGAAGGGCGGCGCCCUGGUGCGGCCCUUCCAGACUAUGCUACCUUCUUCGCUUUUAAGCGUUCUUAUACCGGCCAAGCUCCUAAAGAUGCGCCAGAAGCAUCAUCACCUUAGCAGGGAAAAGGUCCAGGAGCGCUUGAGUCGGCAGACCACUCGGCCUGAUUUCUGGACCUAUGUCCUCAGGCACAACGACGAGAAAGGAAUGACUGUAAAGGAGAUGGAGGCCAACGCAGAUCUUCUGAUUAUCGCCGGGAGUGAGACCACUGCAUCAUUGCUCUCUGGCUGCGUCUACUACCUCCUGAAGAACCCGGCUGUUUACCAGAAACUGCUUGAUGAGAUUAGAGGGGCGUUCGAGAAAGAUGAGGAGAUCAAUCUUAUCGCUAUUGGCAAGCUCUCUUAUAUACAUGCUGUUCUCGAAGAAAGCCUUCGCAUGUAUCCUCCAGUUCCAGCCAUUCUGCCCAGACGAGUCCCAGCAGGAGGGGCUUUGAUCAAUGGAGAGUUUGUUCCGGAGCAAACAUCUGUAUCAAUCGCGUGGUACUCGUCGCUUCGUGCGAGCACAAAUUUUGCAGAGCCAGAAUCCUUCCUUCCAGAGCGCUGGCUUCCCGACAACAACGAUCCACGGUUUGCGUCAGACAAGAAGGAGGCCCAACAGCCGUUUUCCUACGGGCCACGGAAUUGUCUCGGAAGGAAUCUUGCUUAUGCCGAAAUGCGUCUGAUUGCCGUGAAGCUACUGUGGAAUUUUGACCUGGCAUUUGAAGAAGAAUGCGAGGGAUGGGAAAACCAAAAGUCUUACAACAUCUGGGAAAAGGAUCCAUUGAAGGUGAAGUUGACUCCGGUACAUCGGUAA